AUGGGUUGUACAUGCUCUCGAGCAACACCAACUGCUGCUGAACCUACUCCGACAGUAUCCGACAUAUCACAGGAACAACGUUCGAAAAUUAAGACGCCUAUAGAGUUUUCCAUACAAAAUGAGAAUGAAGAGGCUCAAAUUAUCGCCUUUGUCAAUCAAAGUUUAGAGCAAGAUAGAGAAGACGAAUACUUUGUUGAUAUUAUCGGUGCUGAUCCCGAAGCAUAUAAUAAAGCCUUUGUUGAACAACGUCAACACGCCAUCGACAAUCAAGUGUAUCGUUCGCUCAUCGAGUCUUGGCAUUUCGAAUCUCUUCAACAAUUAACUUCUGCGAUCAAAACUCUAUCCAAGAAUAAACCUUUAAUCGAUUGCUAUUGGAUCAUUUUCUAUUGGAUCAUUCUGAACAUUGAAUACGAUAGUGUUUCCUACUUUUCCACAAAUCGUGCGAAUCAAUGCGCUAAAAACGUAUUCCUUACGAAGAAAGGUAUCUGUGAUGGAUAUGUUAAUCUUUACAAGUAUCUUUGUGAUCAUGUGAAACUUCCGUGUAAAAUUGUUCGUGGAUAUUCGAAAGGUUAUGGAUUCGAUGUACGAGUUGAUGCGCCAAGUGAAAUUGAUCAUGUCUGGAACGCAGUUCAAAUUAAUCAAUAUUGGUAUCUAAUCGAAGCGACUUGGGGCGCAGGAAUUUUAAACGAUCAGAAGGUAUUUAAACGCGAAUUGAAUUCAUACUAUUUCUUUCCGCGACCGGAGCAAAUGAUUUAUCACCAUCUACCGGAAAAUGAUCGAUGGCAACUAUUGAGAAAAACUGUUUCCAUGAAACAAUUCUUACAAAUGCCGAAUAUACAUUCGACGUACUUCGAAUUCAACUUAGAGUUGAUUUAUCCAUCUCAUCAACCUUAUGUACAACUUCUUCCAAACAAAGCGUAUGCCUUGGUACUUGUAAAAGCUCCUGAAGAUGUUAGUCUUAUAGCUGAUUUGAAACUUCAUGAUGAAAAAGUAGAAGGUGGUCAUCAAAUCAUUCAUGAUCAAAAGAGAAACUUGCAUUGUUGUUUUUUUGCUCCGAAUUCAGUCGGUAAAUAUAAGAUUAAUAUUUACGCAAAACGUACUAUUGAAGAAACUGAUAGGUACAGUUCGGCCAUUACCUUAAAGCUGGAUAUUGAAGAAAUGCCCAAUAGUGUGAUUAGUUAUCCGCAAACAUGGAAAGUAUUUUUCGAUCUACAGUUGAAAGUUAUUUCACCUUUAUAUGUACAUCUCAUUCGUUUGGAGAAAGGACAAGCAAUUGCGGAAAUUCUUAUCGAAACAUCAGAUGACGUCGAACUACUGGGAAGAUUAAUAAAUGACGAAGAAGAUGAGGUCGAAGGAGGAUAUCAAGUGUAUUAUGACGCUGUCAAACGUUGCUGGGUUUGCUGUUUUGCACCCAAUGGCAAUGGAAUGUUUAAAGCAGUCAUUAUGGCAAAGCGAAAAUCAGAUAAAGGUUUGUAUAAUUCUGCUGUAGCCUUUAGCAUCGAUGCAAAAGAUAUUCCCAAACCAUCAAUAUCGUAUCCAGAAACAUGGCAGUUAUUCCAUGAUUUACAUUUAAAGGUACUGUCUCCAAUCGGUACGCAUAUCAUUCGAUUGGAUGAUGGUGAGGCAUUCGCAGAAAUUGCGAUACAAACACCAGAUGAUGUCGAACUACUCGGAAAACUCACAAAUAGGGAGAAAGGAGACGUUCGCGGAGGACAUCAAGUCUAUUAUGAUCGUGAUCAGCAUUAUUGGCAAUGUAGAUUUGCACCAAAUAGCGAUGGAGUAUUCAAAGCAGAUAUUAUGGCUAAACGAAAAUCAAGUCAAGGUCUAUAUACUUCUGUUGUAGCAUUCAAGAUCGCCGCGAAAGACAUCCCAACGACUCCAUUAUCGUACCCAAAAACCUGGCAGCUAUUUUACGAUUUAGAUUUGAAAAUUAUUGCACCGAUCAAUAGUUCCACAGUUAUUUGGCCCGGCCAUGCUUCAUAUGCUGAAGUGCAAAUGCAAACACCUGACAAUGUUGAUCUUUUGUGUAAGAUCAUGUUUAACUGUGUGGAAAAAGAAAAUCAAACGUUAACGCAAUUCGAUCAUGAGAAAAAGCAAUGGCAACUUUUAUUCGCACCCCAAGAAACAGGUCUACAUCAGUUGUCUAUUUUUGCACGGCGUCGAGUAGAUACCACGAAAAAGUUCAAUAGUGUAGUAGAAUUCGAUUUGAAUGUGACAAAUCUUGAUAAUCCACUGACACUUCCGUUUACUUACGGCAAAUUCGCCGAAAAUCACUGUCGGAUUUACGAACCAUUAAGUGGAAUACUCGAGAAGAGUGCAGUCGUACCUUUCAAAUGUGUGAUACCAGACGCCAAAGAUGUCAAACUUCAGAUCGAUUCACAUUGGAUAGACACGGAAGGAUACAGAGAUUCUAUUUUUCAAACUGAAGUGAGAAUUGGUUCAAAGGAUGUCGUUAUCUAUGCUAAGUAUGAAGAGGGCAACAACUAUGACGCUCUUAUAAAAUAUUCUGUUCAUUAA